CACAUUGUUCCGCCAGUCUGCGAUCUACCGGCAAGGCAGUCACCUGCUCUGGACUCUUUUGGCCCUCUUAGUCCAGCGAAACCGACGACGCGUCCACCCAGCCUCCAGUAUGCGCGACAAGAGUCAGGAGCCCUGCUGCCUACCACUGAAGGAGGAGUUCCAGCGCUCCAAGUUCUCGCUGCAUCACGAUGAUCCUGGUGCCUUCUGCCGCUCGCAGUGGCAGAAGGGGGACCGCAACCUGAUCUGGCUCCUGUACCGUUGGAUCCUUGCGGCGUUCUUCGCUGGCGGAGUCAUUGGCAGCAUGGUGGACUCCUUUAACGGUGGGCGCUGGUUCAUAUAUCUGACUGAUUGGGGCUUCUCGCUGUGCUUCUACUGCUGCACCUAUGGCGCUGUGGUGGCCACGAUUUACUUCAUCAGACCCUCCUAUUUCGCUCCUGGAAGCCGGGCCUUAAAGAUUUACUGGAUAUCCCACUAUACUACUGUGGUGCUUGCCAUGUUGAUUACCUUGGUUUUCUGGGCUGCCCUCUAUCCGUCAAUGCCUGAAAUGGGGGCUGAGCUUUACAACUUGUGGGCUCAUGCCUUUAACUCGAUUUGCAUGAUCUUUGACUGCUUCAUGGUGGCCUUUCCAACCCGGAUCAUGCACUUUGUGUAUCCAUUUAUUGCUGGCAUCACCUAUGGCGUGUUCUCCUUGAUAUACUUUUGGUCCGGUGGAGUUGAUCCAAUGGGUAAUCGAUUCAUCUACUUCAUCUUGGACUGGGAGCGGCCGGGCCUGGCCAUUGGAACUGUUUGUGGAUGUGUGGUGCUGGUCAGUUGCUUCUGCGUGCUGGUAUUUGGUUUCUACAGAUUGCGCAUCUCGAUGCACGAAUGCUGCAGCAAAAAACCUGAGGAAAUUCCAGCAACGACAGCUCCACCUCCCAUAGAGCCAAGGCAAAUUGCUUAAAAAUUCUAGCUUCAAUGGGAGUUUUACCAAAGCAAUAGGAUGGGUAUUUGAUUUCCUCGUGGAAUUCUAAAGAUAGUCCUGCCGGCAGUGCAUUAAUUAUCCUAGCUUUUACAAUCUCUGCUAGAGAAGGUAAUGGCCUUUAUUUUAAACCUGAUCAAAAAUAUUUAUUAAAAAAAUAAAUUACUCCAA